GCGCUCGCCCCCGAGGGGAAAGGCAGCAGGGGCGGUUGAGAAGUAAAGUCUUCGCCGGACUUUGCUUCUCGCCAGGAAAUCGGCGGCGGUGAGUCCCGGCAGAGCGGAGCCGGGUAGCGUCCUCGUCAGCGCGCCCGCGGGGAGCCCGCCGCUUUCCGUCAGUGAGUUACUUCGCCUCAGGCAGACACACACCCUGCAAGUGUUGGACCCAUGAGCCUCUGGGAACGGCCGAUUGACCAUGGGAACAACCAGUGAUGAGAUGGUGCCCGUGGAGCAGGCCUCCUCGGCCUCCUCCCUAGAUCCCCUGUGCUUCGAGUGUGGCCAGCAGCACUGGGCGAGAGAAAACCACUUGUACAACUACCAGGGGGAGGUGGACGACGACCUCGUCUGCCACAUUUGCCUCCAGCCCCUGCUUCAGCCGCUCGACACGCCCUGUGGACACACGUUCUGCCACAAGUGCCUCAGAAACUUCCUGCAGGAGAAAGACUUCUGUCCGCUGGACCGCAAGAGGCUUCAUUUCAAGUUGUGUAAGAAAUCUAGCAUCUUGGUCCAUAAGCUUCUGGACAAAUUACUGGUUCUGUGUCCAUUUUCUUCCGUGUGCCAAGAUGUAAUGCAGCGCUGUGACCUGGAGGCGCAUCUUAAAAACAGGUGUCCUGGAGCCUCUCACCGGAGAGUUGAUCUAGAGAGAAGGAAAACUAGUCAAGCUCAUACACAGAUUGAGGGUGAAACUGGAUCCACUGUAAUAGAUCCUCCAGGCCCCUCACCCCCAGAAACGGACUGCUUGGGCACUGUGCCUGGCGAGAGAAACUCGACACCUGCACCUCUUCCUGUGUGGACCGAGGAUCCCGGCCUGGACAACCCCGCCUUUGAGGAGAGCGCUGCAGCUGACUCCGUACAACAGCCACUUAGUUUACCAGAAGGAGAGAUCACCACCAUCGAGAUCCACCGCACUAACCCGUACAUCCAGUUAGGAAUCAGCAUCGUGGGUGGCAACGAGACGCCACUGAUCAACAUCGUCAUUCAGGAAGUCUAUCGGGACGGGGCCAUCGCCAGAGAUGGAAGGCUCCUUGCCGGAGACCAGAUUCUUCAGGUCAACAACUGUGAUAUCAGCAACGUGUCCCAUAAUUACGCCCGGGCUGUCCUUUCCCAGCCCUGCAGCACACUGCACCUGACAGUGCUUCGGGAGCGGCGCUUCGGCAGCCGUGCAAACAACCACGCCGACGGCAGUGCGACGCGGGACGAGGUCUUCCAAGUGCUGCUCCACAAACGUGACUCCGCAGAGCAGCUCGGCAUUAAACUGGUCCGAAGGACAGAUGAGCCGGGCGUUUUCAUUCUUGACCUCCUGGAAGGGGGGUUGGCUGCACAGGAUGGCAGGCUCAGCAGCAAUGACCGGGUGCUAGCCAUCAAUGGACAUGACUUGAAGCAGGGGACCCCAGAGCUCGCUGCCCACAUUAUUCAGGCCAGCGGAGAGAGGGUGAACUUAACAAUUGCCAGACCAGGGAAGGCCCAGCCCAGCAACGGCAGCCGUGAGACCGGAGCACACAGCAGCAACCAUGCUCAGCCGCCCUCUCACAGCCGACCAAGCUCACACAAGGACCUCACCCGGUGUGUCACAUGUCAGGAGAAGCAUAUCACUGUAAAGAAGGAGCCGCACGAGUCCCUUGGGAUGACUGUUGCUGGGGGCAGAGGGAGCAAGAGUGGCGAGCUGCCCAUCUUUGUGACCAGCGUGCCACCCCACGGCUGCCUUGCUCGAGACGGCAGGAUCAAGAGAGGUGACGUGUUGCUGAACAUCAACGGCAUUGACCUGACCAAUCUAAGUCACAGCGAGGCUGUGGCCAUGCUCAAAGCCAGCGCUGCGUCUCCGGCCGUCAUCCUCAAAGCCCUGGAAGUCCAGAUUGCUGAGGAAGCAGCCCAGGCCACCGAGGAGCAGCCAGGUGCUUUCAGUGAGAAUGAGUAUGACGCCAGCUGGUCCCCGUCCUGGGUCAUGUGGCUCGGGCUGCCAAGUGCCCUUCAUAGCUGUCAUGAUAUAGUCUUACGAAGAAGCUACUUGGGAAGCUGGGGCUUCAGUAUCGUGGGCGGAUAUGAAGAGAACCACACCAAUCAGCCUUUCUUCAUCAAAACCAUCGUCUUAGGAACGCCUGCUUACUACGAUGGAAGAUUAAAGUGUGGAGACAUGAUCGUAGCUGUAAAUGGCCUGUCGACUGUGGGCAUGAGUCACUCUGCUCUGGUCCCCAUGUUGAAAGAACAGAGGAACAAGGUCACUCUGACGGUCGUCUGCUGGCCCGGCAGCCUAGUGUAGAACCUAGACAGCGGUCGGUCUCCAGUCUCCAUCCCUCCUGCAGGCUCUAGAAGGAAGCCCCUCCGGUGUGGCGCUUCUGCUGGGCUGCAGCCACGGGGCCAAAGCACCGACAUCACCCUGUGUUUCCUCUUGGCCUGGAAAUCAGCUCCCGCCAGCUCCAGGGACUCAGUUCAGAUGCUCUCGGUGGCUGGCAAGGCUGUCCCCAGGAUGAAAGUGGCUCCUGCGCCUACAGAGGCUCCGUCAUGAACCGAGUUACAUUUGCAGCUCCUCUGUCAGCAGCUCCCUGCAGCGCUUCCCGCCCUGGCAACAGGGGCUGCGAAGGGGCAUCUUAGGUUUUCCUCAUUUCCCAUUGGUGCCAACAUUUCAAGAUUUUUUAUACCGUUUAUAAAGUGACUUUUCGGUUUGUUUCUACUGCAAUCUUCACUACUCAAAUGAAGACACAAGUCUGACACCACUAACGAGACUUCUUUUUAAAUAAUGUACUGUGGUUGAAAUAGUAGAGAGUCAAGGAUAAUGCUUUUCACGGGGCAGAGCGGCCUGGGAGGUAACUUCUGGAAGUGGCAAAGCAGCGUUGCCUCGGACAGCCCAGAGGCACGAAGAUUCUGUUCAAAAGGACAGUUCUGUUACUUAGGGCAAGUUCCAAGAUGUUUUUCUAAAAGUCAUUUCUGGAGUUUAUAGCUAUCAGCCAUCUUGCCUGGAGAUGUUUUUGUGAUUUAUGCAAUUGAACUAGGUGAUUUAAAAAGCAUUACUUCAUAAAACACAACACACACACACACACACACACACACACACACACACACACGCACGCACCACAGCUAAGUUAAAAGGGAGUCUUUGAUUCUUGUUCCUGUGUAUUUUAGAAACCCUUAGUUUCCCACAAGAGACCAAACAGCUGUUUGUUUGGGGUUUUUUUGUUUUGUUUUUAAUCUGAAAUAGUAGAUAUUAAAUGUUAGUCAUUUUAGCUGUUGCCCACUAAACUUUCUUUUUCUUUCUUUUUCUUUUUUAAUGUUUUGAAAGCUAUGUUUGUCCUUUAUUCAACACAGUUGACCCUUAGACGGCAUAAAGUAAGAGUUAAUAAGAG